ACUCUAUACGUACUGUCAGCUCUACGGUGUAACGAGCACUGUGAUCAUCACACUUGCCUCUAUACGUGGAGUAGUUAAAUCGUAGAAAAUGGCAACUGUUGCAGGUGCUAUCGGAUGGGAAGAACUAAGAAAACAAGCUCAGCAUCUUGAAAAUGAAAUUGAUGCGAAACUUGAUGCCUUCAAUAAAUUGGGUGUCAAAGCAGGAUCUGCUCAUUCUAGUAGCGAUACUGUUCCUCUGCUCGAUGAGGAGCAUGUAUUUGAAAAUAUGGCUACAGAGAUAGAAUCGCUAUUCGCCAAGUUAUCUGCAGUAAAUGACAAAAUGAGUGAAAUAAAACCUGAUGGAGGGCAUAUGUUGCAUAGGAUACAACGUCACAGAGAAAUUUUAAAGGAUUAUAAGUUGGAAUUCAAUAAAACUCAAAAUAACUUCAUCGCCAGACGUGAUAGAGAAGAUCUCCUUAGCAGUGUGCGGAAAGAAAUCGAUAACUAUAAAAGUGGCAGUGGUCUCAAUAGGAGAGACCAAUACUUGAAAGAAAGUCAGCACAUACACAACUCUGAUCGAUUGGUCAAUGACCAAAUAAGUAUAGCAGUUGAAACACGAGAGCACUUGGUAUCUCAACGCCACACGUUCAAACGGAUUCAAACCCGUUUCAACGACAUCUCUAAUCGAUUUCCAGCUGUGAACAGUUUACUGCAAAGAAUAAAUAUUCGAAAACGCCGUGACUCUAUUAUUUUAGGACUGAUUAUCGGAUUUUGUACAUUUCUGAUGCUACUUUAUGCAUUUCAUUAAGUUGGAUUGAGUUGACAUUAAAAAAAAAACAAAAUCUAGGACUUGGUACCAAAUAUUCGGUGUAAAUAGAUUCAAACGUAUAGACAUGUAAAAUUAAAAUAUAACUCAAGUUGAGUAAUGAUUGAAAUUUUUAUUACGAAUAUUUUGAGCAUCGAUAUUAUUACGUGCAUGAUUUUUCAACAUCUUAAGACGUUCAAAUGAUUUGAAUUGACGUUCUGACCCUACGACCAUUAUCGAAAAAUUACAUAAAUACAGUACAUAAAGCAAAAGGCGAGAUUAACGUGCCAGCCGAGACACUAACAAAUUCGAAGUAGUUUCAGUUAUAAGUAAUCGGUAAAUCUUUUCUCUCUAGAACAAGUUUACACUAUAUCUUGACUUUCUGAAGCACUAAAAUGAAUUACAACUGCGAUUACCUGAUUAUAAGUGCCAAAAGUUAAUAAUUGUAAACUUACAGAAUUUCAAACCUUUCAUGCGGAAAAAGUAUUCAGGUUUAAUAUAUAUACCUACUGUCCAAUCGACCAUCAUCCUUAACCAAAUUUACUUUACUGACUGACUGUGUAAAAAACUGUCGUUCAUAUAUGUACUCACUCACUAGUUACACGUACCUGCAUUCAGCAUUUUUCUACCUAGAAGUUUGUUCAAUGACUGCUGUAAAAUACACAUUAGAAAAUUUCACCAUUAACUCUAACUUUUUUGUUUUCCCCGUAAUAUUAAAGUUUACCAAUGUCUCCUUAUUUUUUUAUUACAAUCUCAUUAUACUACAAUAAUUAUAUCAGUAAUGAGCCUUUACUAGAUUUCUGUAAGUUAAUACUUUAUUGAAAUGGCUUGGUUAGUACAUUAAUGUGCUGGUGAUUAUGUAUCAUAUGUAAAUAUGUCAGACUGAAAUAAAGAGUACGACGUACAUACGCAUCA